UCCUAUUUUAAUCGCACUUUUUUACGAAUUUUCCGCGUUUUUCCGAAAAUAAAAAUCGCAGAAACAAUUCGAAUUAUCAAUCGGCGGACGCGUCGGCGAGCGGGGUGCGCGAUGCGUGGAGUUUUUUUCCCGAAAUCGCAAUAAACACGAAGAUGAUUUUUUAUUCAGAAAAGUGUAUGUACAUACAGGAAGAUAAUCGAUUUGUCAACGCGAGUUUAGAUUACAAUUUCGGUGCACUAAUUGACCUGAGGUGCGUUCGGCCAUCGCUUAUUAAUUGUACCGUGUUUGGUGUCGUUGGAUGCGGCUUUUUCUAACGAAUUCGACUGUUUGCAUCGAAAAACGCGUAAAUUUAAUUAAAUAAUUUUGUACAAUUAAAUCGCCCAGUGAUAUUUAACGUAUCUACAACCGACCGAAAGUGUUCGCGUUCGUUUCAUCGAGGUUUUUCUUCCUUUUAAUCGGGGUUAUCGUUGAUUAUCAACAUGUUUUGAUAAUAAUUAGUCGUAGGAGGCAGGGAUUCGUGCGCUAGAAACUCGCACUAUUAAAUUUUUCUCGAUUCAUUGACUCCUAAUUAGUUUUCGUUUCGGAUUCAGAUGUGUAAUUUGUAUUCGGCUUUGUUUAUUUUGUGCGCGACGUACCGAAGGUAACGAAACUUUUUUCACGAAUUACCUCUGGAAAAAUGGAAGUCGAUGAGGCUGUUGUGGAUUUAAGUAUUAGCAACAGAUCUACAUCAACACCGCCCAAUUACCAACAAAUAAACUCAAACUCCAACUCGAUCCAUCCGUUAUCGGUGACAAACUCCAGGAGAGUUUUACGGCCUCGUACGGAGCCCCGUUCCUACGUAGAAAGCCCAGACGCUGUAAUAAACGGCUUACUGGAUAAGCCGAGAACCAACGGUAAUUUAGAUUACAGCAGCGAUUCCAGCGAAGGCGAAAUGCCGCCCUUGGCCCCCGUCAAAGAGUACAGCCCCAUGGAGAUCAAGCAAAGGGAGCGAGGCCUGCGAAGGCUUCGGGAGGAGCUGCGCGCCGAAGAAAUGAAACUCGUGCUGCUCAAGAAGCUGAAGCAAUCGCAGCAAUUGAAGGAGAACGUGGCCGUGUUGCCGCCCAACAUACCGGCGUCCGUUCUGCCCCCCGCGGGCCUGCCGAGCGGCCUCAGCAUUACCCCGACGACCAUCAAGGGCCCCCCGAAAGGGCAGCAAUCUCCGCAGAUGGCGCACGCGCGGCACUCCUCCAAUUUGCCGCACAAAAGCGGCGGCAUGUCCGGGAACGGUAGCACCAAUGCUCAAAAUAUGUUGAGAGUUCAACCGCCACCGCCUCGUGGCAGCCUUCAUGCUCCUUCUUUGAGUUCAUCUCCGCUUUCAAAUAACAGAACUAGCCUUUCGGUUCCGCAGCCACCGCAAAGGGCUUCUUUGAAUAGACCGACGAGCGGGUUUCCUCCGGGUGUUAAGGAUCUGUCACCUUCGGUUACGAUCACCCCAGCACCACCGCAAACUAUAAAGAAUGUUAGCGGAGUUGAAAAUAAAGGUUUAGUACACGGUCCAUCUGCACAAUCUAAUCUAAUUCAAGAGGACAGACGAGACAGGGAAGACAACCAAACGCCGGCUCAGAGACAAGCCGCGGCGAAAUUGGCCCUCAGAAAACAGCUGGAGAAAACGCUAUUACAGAUUCCUCCGCCGAAACCUCCACCCCCGGAGAUGCACUUCAUACCAAAUCCGAGCAACACUGAAUUCAUCUAUUUAGUCGGGUUAGAGCACGUCGUGGAUUUCCUUACGAAAGAAACGAAAAUACCGCUACCCCCGCAACCGUUUAGAUGCAGCCAAUGCCAGUCCGACUUUACCCCAGUGUGGAAAUGGGAGAGCCACAAGAAGAGUAAAGGUAAUGUUAAAUCAUCCAAAACGGUGAUUUGCGAACAAUGUGUGACCAACAACGUAAAGAAGGCCCUGAAAGCCGAACAUACGAAUAGACUGAAGACGGCAUUCGUGAAAGCGCUACAACAGGAACAGGAGAUCGAGCAGCGGCUAGCACAAAACGGAGUGUUCGCUUCGAGCAGUCCGGCGCCGUCUCCUGUCACCCCGGAACCCCUGCCGAAAGCCGCGACGCCGACGCCGGUACCGCGACACGCGCCCACCCCACCGGCGCCGCCGCCGCCCCAACAGACGCCGCCGCCGUCUCGGUCUUCGCACGCUUCGUCGUCCGCCGCGACGGAUAAGUACGCACAACAGCAGGCCAUGCAGGCCAUCCAACAGCAAAUCCUAAGAAGUCUGUCGGGGGCUCCGCCGGCCGCUGCGGCCCACAUGUUGCAGUUCUCUCCGUUGUUCUAUCCGUACCAAUUGGCCAUGGCGCAGGCGGCGGCGAGCGGGAAGAGCUCGGCCGUGGGGAAUUUGGCGGACAUUCAAAGGGCGGCGGCGGAUAUGCACCGCCAAUACCUGCUCGAUAUGAUACCGCCGCCGACGCAACAGCAGCAACAACAGCAACGCCACAAUUGGAAAACAUGAUGCGAACGAAAGUUCGAUUAAACAAGCACGAAAGUAAUAUAAUAGGAGUAUUCAAUAUGUCCGGUCACUGAAGCGUGUUGGUAAUUAUAAUUAUCUUGCCACACAGUAAAUAUGGAAUAUAUUUUACAUUGUGUGUAUAUUUUUAUCAUACCUUUUUUCCAAUUCAGUCAUUUUCUAAUAUGUAUGUAAGUAACUUGUAAUAUGGUUGCGAGCAAUAGUGUAACUGUUUAAUAUUACUAUUGAAGGUUCGAAAAAAAAAAACAAUAAUAGGCAAAUAGUUUUUAAUUAAGAUACACGUGUUUUAAAUAAAUAAAAUUUGCUUCUGUAUUUUUUAUAAUUGUUACGUACUGUCACAAGUCAGUUUUAAGUUUAUCAGACAUUUUUGGAACCCUUCCAAACUUCAUUUUUUGGAGAAUCAAUCGGUUAAUCAUCUUAUAAUUUACAAAAAACAAUGCCAAAUUGAAUUGAAAGUUAUUUGUCUAUUUGAAAGUCUAACAAAGAAUAUUUUUUUGACUCAGAAUUAUUUUAUUUUUCGAUGUGAAACAUACAAUUUGGUGCUCAUUAAGCAGUUCCAAAAAAUAUUCGCUUUAGAAAACGUCGAUAAGCGCGUUUCAGAGUGUUUCAAGAUAACAUGAGUAAUUGCUGUUCAUCUAUUUUUCUUUACUUUGAACCUUUCAUCUUAAAACACUCUUCUAAAAUUAGAUUCGAUACCGGCGAGAUUUUUUCAAGCACAAUUUUUAUGGCAUUUAUUUAUUGCAUAAUAAGUGGAGUAUCGAAUCACUGGCUUUCAUAUUAGUUAAAUUAAUUGUAAAUAAUGUUUCUACAACUGUACAUUUAGCGAUGAUUCUUUUUUUUAGAAUUACUGGUGCAUAAUAAGCUCAAUGAAUUUUAAAUAUAAGGUGUUCUAGAAAUUA